AUGGAGGUCGCUCAUCCUGUGCCGCGAGCGCGCUCCGGGCGCUACUGGAAGUACGGUCACUCCCCCGUGGGCCUCUCGCGUCUCUUACAGGAGCGCGAGGUGCGCGGCAACGCUCGUGUCAUCGACGCUGCCUGUCAGGGCCACGGCAGUCUAGUACGUCGUCUCCAGUGCGAGGCCGUGCUCGACGGUCACGGAGGCUGCGUCAACACGCUCCAAUGGAACGAAACCGGCAAGUUGCUGGCGUCCGGAUCGGACGAUCAUAAUGUGAUCAUAUGGAACUAUGAGCAGCACAAGAAGCAGCAGGUGAUCGAGUCCGGUCAUACGCUCAACAUCUUCGCCGUCUGCUUCGUCCCAGGCACAGACGACCACGUUUUGGCCUCUGGAGCCAUGGACAACGACGUCCGUAUCCACUAUGCGCCGUUCCGUGAAGACUCGUCCAAACUUUUCCGUGUCCAUAGAGACCGAGUCAAAGAUAUUGGCACCUCGUGGGCCGUGCCCAAAGUAUUUUGGACAGCAGCCGAGGAUGGACUGGUGUAUCAAUUCGAUCUACGCGCUCUACCCAGAACCAGUGGGCGAUGUGAGACCCCAGACACGUCAGGAGUUCUCAUCAAUUUAGGCAGGGACAGGAACGGUAGAGUGUUGAGAGGAAUGGGCAUGACGGCGCACCCGUUGGACCCGACGAAAAUCGUCUUGGCUUGUGGGGAUUUCUACACGAGGAUGUACGAUCGACGCAUGUUGCGAGUGCAGCAACACAUCUCGUCGGCCAGAAGUGCAGGGGCUACAAGCCCCGUGGAGGUGUUCGCUCCUCCACAUUUGCACUUGGAUGCCUAUUGUGAUAGUAAAGCGCAGAGAUUUCACGAUAAAAGUCACGGAACGAGCAUCCGAUUUAGCAGUGACGGGUCCGAAAUCCUCGCGAAUUACCAUAAUGACCACAUUUACCUGUUUAAAGUGGGGUCGAACGAGACGGUGGUGUUCAAUAAGGACAACAAGAGUGAGCCUCAGAUUCAACCGCUAGCGUGGCUCAACGGUGCUCACAUGGAUGAACCCAACUUGCCACUGGACUUGCACUUGGAAGGGGUGCAAAUGCUGCACGAACAAGGCAGAGAAGCCCUAGACAGGGAUGAGUACACACGAGCACUCAAGUCACUGAAUCUGGCGUGUGGUGCUCGCGGCGUGACGGAAUUGACAGCAACACGGCGUAAAGAACUUCAUCACGACUGUGCUAAGGCCUAUCUGGGACGAUCGUGGAACGCAGAUAGCUAUCUGGCCGCGUUGCAAUGCAAGAAGGCCCUGGAGCUUGAUCCCAAUGAUCGCGACGUGGAGUUGACGUACAUCAAGGCACUGAAUGCGGGGAAACGGCAACGACAAGCCAAGUGGCAGGCUCGACGAUACAAAGAGAAGUAUCCAGACCAUGAGGCAGAUGUGACAUCGUUUCUGAACGGAACGGCAUCGACUGACCGAGUCGGACGUACGGUGGACCGCACCUUCCGUUUGUAUCGAUCGUCGGAUGAGGAUGAUUCCAGUGAUAGCGAGGAUGAAGUCCCUCAUGGCAACCAGGACGACAACUCUGGAGAGGAUCUACCGGACGACGAUGACGGCUUCUGGGAGGGGAAUUUAGUGAACAGCACGCCUGUGAACUGUGACGUUCUCCGACGUUAUAUUGGCUAUUGCAACGUGCAAACGGACAUUAAAGAGGCCGCUUUCCUUGGCAAGAAUGACGCCUAUAUCAUAGCAGGGAGUGACGAUGGCCGGGCACUGGUGUGGGAUAAAUCUACUGGAGAACUGGUGAACGCAAUUGAGGCGGACGCAGAUAUUGUGAACUGUGUUCAGCCGCAUCCAUUUGAUGCGUGCUUAGCAACGAGUGGAAUCGAGAAUGUGAUUCGCUUAUGGGGUCCGACUAGCGGCGAGGAGAACACGCCGACGGAAGCUGAAUUGGAGGAAAUCGUGUCGAAAAACCAGAGUCAAAUGGAUGACAUUGCCAUUUCGUUCGAGGGUGCAAUGCAUAACAUGGUUCGUUUGGUCUUCCAGGCGGGCGGUGACCACCAAGCUAUCCAGGAAUGUGCAACCAGUUGA